AGUCAUGAUCUGGUUGCUAUUGGGGAAAAUUGUCUUCCUCCAAUUCAGAUCAGAUAGCAAAAAGAAACUCGCCAAGCCCCUAGUAUAUUGCCUGUCCGAUUACCAUCAAAGUUGUGUCCUGAUAAGCUAUUUUGGACACGUGCAGCUAAGGCAUGUAUGGAUAAGCUUUCAUGAAUAGGCUAUUCCAUUCUCCUUAUUGAUGUUUGUAAACUACCCUGGGAUAGGGGUGGAUGGACAAGUACAUGUGGGGCUUAUAUACAUUUGGUACAUUGUCACAUGUGAACAUGUGGGGGCAGGGCACAUGUACAUUGAUAAUGGCACAUGGGGCAUAUGUGGGUCACUUUAAGAUGCAUGGUGGCGCGUUUGCUAGUUAUGGAUGCUUGAAGAUGCACAGUGGCACAUUUACCACAUGUGGGUGUUUGAAUAUGUAUGUUGGCACAUGUUCCACAUGUGGCAUAUGUAAACAUGGCACAUUGGUACAUGUAGGGUGGAUGUGGUACAUUUGAGGUGUUUGAAGAUGGACGGUCUUAUUUCUAACACAUUGGUACAUGUGGCAUAUGUCCCACAUGUAUACAAAAAAAUUACAAACUCCUUCGUUUACCCUAUGGAAGAUAGGGUAAAAACCAAUUCUUAUCCAGAUUAGCUUAUACUAGGUAACGAUCACUUUUUUGGAUAGUCCAAUAGUUAAUUUUAUUGGAAUACGUGCCCAAGGGUGCUUGACUAACCAUGGAUGGUGCUUAUAUCUGCAUAAGGAUAUCUGGACAGAACUUUUUUUUUUGCUAACCAAACAUGCCUAUAGAGACUCACAAUGGUUGUCCAACAAUAAAUCAUUUCUCUAUAAGCACGGGUGUCUGACAUUAAACGGAUGAAUGGUUUGGUAACGGAUCUUCAGAUGUUUGCACACAAGACAUUGCAGAUACCACUACCAGGACGACACCCCCCAUCUCACAACCUCUCAGAUGGUUCACCUAGUCCAGGUAGCUUAUUGUCAACUUAUGGCAGAGAGAGCAGUAAUGGACAGAGCCAGUCACACCAACAUCAUCUCGACGUUUUGAACACACUCCAGUCACUAAAGUCGACAUUCCCACAACGAAGCAUUUCUCCAGCCAUGAGCAGUUUACAGGGCUACUAUGGCCUAAAACCAGAAGGUACAGAGAUGGAAGUUUACGAAAAUGGCGGAACUCAUUAUCUAGAAGACGAGCAGCUGACAUCACCUGCUUCUGACCUACCCCCAAGACAUCACCGGAGGACUAGAAGCUUAGCCAAUGGUUUUCUAACAGAAAAUGGGGAACUAGUUGAGGCUUUGCUGCCCGAUGAAACGGGGCAAAGCCAGUCCAAAAGACCAAACCAGAAGUCUGUUUGGAGAAGUCAGAAAGCAGAUGCUGAUCCAGGCACCCCGGAAUUGCUGUUGAAGGAUGAUUGCAGCAUGGGGUUCUCAGGAAUAACAGGGAAGGGUCUAGCUCAAAGGCCUAAAUCUGUGAGCCGAGCAACAGAAGCAGAUUCUGAUCGGUUUAAUCCAAUUCCUAUGGGAGAUUCGUUCCUGUCCGAUAUCUUCACUGGAUUCAGGAAAUCAUCUAGCACUUCAAACUUGCAAGACUCAGAAACCAAUUCCUCCUCUAUCUGGCCAACUUCAAAGUGGAACUUAAAACCCGAUUCGCAGGCUUUAUCAACUGCAGCCACCACAAGGUCCAUGUUCGAUGGAUUGCCGAAGCCAACAGCUGUCCGAAGGAACAAAGCUGCUCUUGACUAGGUAAUAGAGCCCCAGUGCAGAUUUUUGGAAGGAAAAAAGGAAGAAGAAGAUAUUCAUUUUUUCUCUUCUGGUUCGAGGACUUGUGGCCUUUGGGAUGAGAAUUCUCAACCAGCACAGUGCACAGUUCUGUAAGACGGAAAAGAGGAGCGAAUAAGGUGUGUGUGAUGACGGCCCAUGUGUUUUUUAGCUCAAAACAGUGGCUGCCCAUCCUAAUGCAGUUCUUGGCUUGAGAUUGGCUGCAAAGGUAUGUUAUUAACAGUUUCUUGGAUGCUGUGGCUUCCACCUUACCCUUUUGAUAUUGUAGUUUAUGUGUAUUCUCCACUAGGAAAUUCAAAUGUUAAUGAGAAUUAUCAACCAGCCCAACUCAAAUCUCAUCUGUUCCGAUGGGCCUUGUGGGCCCCA